CUGCCAUGUCUGCGUUCGUUUUCGAUUUUCUCUCGACUUUGCUGAUAUUUUGACCAAGCUACCGCCUGGUUGCCGUACCCAUAUCGGUCACUGUUGACAAGACAGCGUAGCGGACAAUAACAAUAUCCAUAUACACUACAGCUACAGGUAAUGAAGAAAUCCCAGCAGAACCUUGCCCUUGGUUACUUUGGUGACAUUUAGAACCUAACACUGUACCAGAGCCCGGCAGAGGAAAGGAAAGUUACUCAUUCUUUCAACAUGGGGAAGAAAAAGGAAGGACAGGACUUGAUAACAGCUGCUCUGUGUGGAGAGCUGGAUGUUGACUAUCCAUCAAUCACCAAGAUUGUGAAGAUUUACAUCAGCUCGGCAUUGACAGAUACCGAGGUCGAAAGGAACAUGCUGGCCGAAAAGGUUUACCCGCGUAUUAGAACAUUCUGUGAAGAAAAGGGAUAUGAAUUCCAAGCAGUUGAUUUGCGAUGGGGAGUGCUGGAUGAAUGGACUCAUGAUCACACCAUGCCAGACCUGUGCCUAAGGGAAAUUGAAGACUGUCAGAAUCAGUCAAUGGGACCAAACUUCAUUACUUUCCUCGCCCAAAAGUAUGGGUCUCCUGCUUUUCCUUCCAAGAUAUCUAGUGUCCAUUUUGAAGAGCUAGUGGCAGCCACCCCAGACUCAAUCGAUUCUGAAAUGCUCAAGACCUGGUUCAAACUUGAUGAAAACUGUUUGCCAUUGCCCCAGUAUACUUUGGUACCUAUCACAGAAAAUAUACCCAACUAUUGUUCUGCGGAUGCAGGUCAGAGAAAAGAGGCUGUUGAUGAAUGGGAGAUUGAAUUCAAGAGAAUACAGGACGUCCUUCAGACUGUGGCUCAAACUGUGUUUGAAGGCAAUGAGGACAUGGCCGAGGAGAAGCAUCAGUUCUUUCGAUCUUUGAUAGAGCAAGAGUUAGCUCUUGGUCUCCUGAAUGCAGACAACUCAAAGGAGUGUUGCCAUUGGUUCAAAAGAUCCAUAGAAAACCUGAGGGAACAUUGGGAAGAUGAGAAGGCCACCAUGUUCUUGGACAUACAUCAGGGAAUGGUCGACAACAUUGCUGUGGGAUUGCUGUCAAAACUUGUGCAGGACCAAAUCCUAGCUAAGCUUCAUGUCUCAAACAUCACCUCCUAUAAGAUAGACUGGAAUGAGAAUGGAGUCAAUAUAGAGGAUUCAAAAGAUCAUGAGAAGUACACAGAGAAACUGCUUGACGAUUUCUAUGAGACUGUUUGUUCCAUGAUAUCCAAUGCCUUGCCCGAGAAUGAUUCUGAACAACUUGAGUCAAGCCAUCAAGAAGUUGUACAGCAUAUAAACUUUGCUAAGUCCCAGGCCUCUUCAUUUCUUGGCAGGGAAAAACUGCUCGGUAAAGUGGAGGAAUAUAUAAAAUCGGGGGACAAAACAUUGCCUCUUGUUAUUCACGGAGAGUCUGGCUCAGGCAAGUCGGCGCUGAUGGCAAAAGUGGCUGAGCUGAUACCAAGCUGGUACACUAGGUCAGAACAAGUGGUUGUAGUAGUGAGGUUCCUUGGAGCAACAUCAGCCUCAACAAGCAUUCGUCAGCUUCUGAUCAGCCUUUCACUGCAACUGGCUGAGAUUUUGGAUGAGGAAGUACCUGAUAAUCUAAGCAAGUUGAAAAUGAAAGAAAUCAAGAAGGCAUUCCACGAACUUUUGAAGGCUGUCAAACUUAGAAAGAAAGUCUUCCUGCUCUUAGACGGUGUAGAUCAACUAGACGGGACCAACCAUGGCCAAGAAAUGGACUGGCUGCCGUUACCGGUCCCUUCUGAUACGUUUACUGUGGUGCUAUCGACUCUAUCUGAUGAGGAAACUGAGAUCAUGCCGGUGUUAAAGGAACGUUUGAAAGACAAGUGCUUCCUUGAUAUCGAGACGCUGGAUGAGGAUGACCUCAACUUGAUUACAAAAGAAUCCCUGAAAACCAUGGAACGCACCUUGAUUCCCAGUCAAAUGACACUUGUCCAGGAUGCCACCAAGGCCAACCCUAACCCACUUUACCUGAAGAUGGUGCUUGAUGCAGCAGCCAGAUGGAAGUCAUACAAUAACACUGAACUGACCGUUCUGGAGGAUACUGUUCCUGAGAUGAUGAAGGGUUUAUUUGAGAGGCUUGAGACUGUCCAUGGGGAGAGGUUGGUGAGCCAUGCUCUUGGAUAUAUUACCUGUGCAAGGAAUGGCCUGAGUGAAAACGAGCUAUUAGAUCUAUUGUCCUGUGAUGACCUGGUUCUCAACGACGUUUAUGAAUACUUUGUUCCUCCUCUCCGUCGAUUUCCGCCAUUAUUGUGGGCUCGGAUCAAAUUUGAACUUAGGGGCUAUCUAACGCAUCAUGGUGCUGACGGGGUGCAAGUGCUAAACUGGUGCCAUCAACAGUUUGCAGAGGUGGCCAGGGCAAGAUACCUAAGUGACAGGGACACCAGAAUCCGACUGUAUAAAACCAUGGUCGAGUUUUUCCUCGGGAAGUGGGCUGACGGCUUCGAAAAGCCUUUCCUCGGCAAGACAUCGGAGAGUGGCGGUGUUGUCCAAAAGGGAGGUGGCAAAGGAUCGAAACGCAUCACGUUGAAUCUCGAAGAAAACGAAGCAGACAGAUUCGUCAAGUCUCAACCGUUGAUCUACAAAGAGGGCGCUACACCCAAGGAGACUGUUUUCAAUUUGAGGAAGAUGAGCGAGCUACCGUACGCACUUGUCAUGAGUGAGCAGGCAGACAUGGCCAAGAGUGAAGUCUUCUGUAACUUGACUUGGCUUUACAAUAAGGCUAAGGCGCUUGGGCUUGAAAGCAUUCUGGAUGACUUUGAGAUGGCUGGUAAUUCUCCUUUGUAUGAUGAUGCAGACAUCAACAUAGUGCGGAGGGUGUUCCAACAAGCUGGUGAAGCUCUUCACUUUGAUAUCAACCAGAUGCCUGUGCAGCUGACUGCGAGAAUCCUGAGUGCGACUGGAGACCUCUCACCCGCUGUCAAAGCUCUCCUCAAACAGGCGCAGAAUCCACCGUUCCCAUGUCUUCUGACAAAACAAGCCUUCCUUCCUUUGAAGAAAACAGAGAGUGAUGGAGACAGUUCAAGUCAUCUCCUGGACAGCCAUGAAAACCAGGUGAAACUGACUACACUGUCUCACAGCAAGACCAAACUUGUCACAUUUACUGUGGACAGAGUCCUGCGAAUCUGGGAUGUGGCGUCUGGCAGUGAGCUACACAAGCUGGACUUUGGGGAGUUAAAGGGUAGCGGUGAUCCGGAUUCCAUCAUCCUCUGUCAUAAUGACGAGCUCGUCAUCAGUGGCUGCAGAGAUAAGGUGGAGUUCUUCAGUGUGGAGUCGGGUGAUUUAUCUGGGAAAAAGGUCAAGAUAGAGCAAGGGGACUUGCUCAACGCAGUGCCAAUACUCUACUACGAACCAAAAGACUGGCUGCUCGUUUUGUCUGAUGUAAACUUAGUUGUCUGGGCUGUUGAAGACUUGCAAUUGAUUGGUGAAUUUGAUGUUGGGAAAGCAUCAGCUACAAGACAUCAUCAAGCCAAAGACUUCUUUGACAUCCUGGGGUCAAAGGUCGGAGCAAUGAGAGCAGCAACGCACUCGAUGAAAAUACUGGACAUAGAAAGUUUCGUUGCAAAUCAAACAUUCCUUGGAGAGUUCAACAUUGAGUAUGAGGAGGAUAGGCCUAUGCUGACACGCUGCACAUUACUGCCACAAGAUAAGCUUGCUUGCAUGGUGUAUGGAGCUGAUCACAAGGAAAGGGAAGAAGUGCACAAGCCGGCAGUUCUUUUCAUCUUCAGCCUCGAGGGGAAUCAACUGGCAAAAUAUCCUGUCUUCAGCGUAGACUAUGCCUUGGGUUGUGAGUGCCUCAUCCCGGUUGAAGAAGAAGACCAUGUGCUAUUCCUGAACUUUGACUCCUCCUACAAUGGCAGCAUCCUGUAUGACAUAGACAUCAACUCUGGCUCCUAUACCAUUAAAUAUAAACAAGUAGGCAAUAUUACGCAUGUGAACUACAUUGGCAAUGGAAGAGCCUCAGUUCUAAACCAUGAAAGCAACACAAAGGUUCAGAUCCGAGAAUUGAAGAUUGAGGACCCCCAUGAAGGCCUGUCGGAUGAAGCCCUGGUGACUGCCGAGUACAAGGAGGAGGUGGAGACCAUCUUCAUCCUCCCGAGCACCAUGCGAUAUGUUGCCGCUAGCUAUCGAGUGUUCUGCCUGGUGGUGUGGGAUCUGGCUGAGAUGCAGGCGGUUAGGAUUCUGAACACGGAAAAUGCCAGCAUCUACACAUCCUUGAUGCAGUUCCCUACAGCCUCGCUAGGUGUCUCUGUAACAGGCAAGAAGCAGUUGGUCACAUUUGAUAUGAAGACCCUGGAGAAGUUUGGCCCUCACGAUCCGUCGUUUGGUGGACAACCAAGGCCUAUGAGCUUCGAUAUUGUGGAUUCCAAAUUGGCACUUGGCACGAGUAAGGAUGAACAUGCGUUAGUCGUGAAGGACGUCAAGACAGGUAAAACUGUUGCAAGCCUGAAAUGCAAGCCAAAUGAACAGAUCAAGCAUAUGAUCGUUAGUGGCAAUGGUCAAGUUGUCCUGGCCUUCACCAGUGAUCCUAAAUAUGCCAUAGUGUGGGAUCUGACCAAGAAGAAACGCCUACCUGAUCUCGGCUACAAAGACAUGAAGUUGGAGGUGCUAGCAAAGAAGGGUGUUGCUGUCAGUCACAAUGGGCAGUUUGCUGCAGCGAUUGACAAACAACAUACGAGGAACUUUGUCAUUUGGGAGGUUGCCACAGGUGAUGUGCGAGAAUGUAAGAGGCCUGUUGGAACUCGUGGUGAUUCAUAUGUGUUAGGAAUGUCAAGAAAACUCCAGGCAGUCGUUGUGGGCUAUGUUUCUGGUUACAUCGGUAUAUUCAACAUGAAGAGCCUGACCUGUGAUGCGUACCUGCAUGUUUCGACCAAUAAGCUAGGAAUAGGAAAGCUUGUUCUAUCAGAGGAUGGCUCCUUGGCUGCAUGCAAUGGAGAGCACAGUGGAAUGGUCGUGGUGGUCGACCUUAUAGAGAAGAUAUGUCUUGCCUCUCUAACAAUAGAGAGCACUGCCUGGGAUUACCAGUUCACCAGAGACAACCAGUUCCUGAUGCUGGGCGGGGGCAGCAUCAAAGGCAUCGUGCAGCUCUUCAUCCAUCGCGGUAGAGACGAGAAGAAAAAGGUCAAGCAGACAUUGGACAAGACGAUGGAAGCGUUGAGGAAAAAGGAUGCGUUUUACGGGCAACUGAAAAUGUUGGAAUAUCCCCAGUCAUAGGUUGAAGCAUAUCAUUCUGUGAGAUAUGAAUGAAAGUUGCAAUUUAGUUGCAAGAGGGAAACAUGUGGAAUGAUUCUCUCUGGUUUUGGCUUCUUGCAUAAUAUGAUUUUCUACUCAUUUAGCGAAUUUAGUUAUCUUAAAGAGGGACUAUGAGCAGGGGCGGCUCCAAAUGGUGGUCUUUAGGUGACUUACAUAUGCACAGUUAUUAGGAAGCCUGGUUUGACUUUAUUGUAAUAAAGGUAUUCCUCUUACAGCACCGAUGUAUAGUGCAUAGAAGAGACAUCUAUCAACCACUUUAUGUAACUUAUUGUGACCCACUAGGCUGCUCCUGCAGGUUAUGGAAUUUGAUCAAGCUUUAGACUCAAUUUACACUUGUUUUUGUUCACUGAUCUCCUAGAGGCAUAUACACUUGUUAUUUGCGGGAUUUGCGCACAGAAUAUUUUUAGAGUUUCUUAGUUUUAACUUGACUUUUGAAUUACUUGUUUAUUUUAUGGAUCCUCGGAUUAAAUCAUAUGGCUUUUUAUUCGCCUGUAGUGAAGUUGAGAUCAAAUUUAAAACCAGAAAUUCGGAAUAACCUUUCAAUGGUGUGAUCUCUAUAACUGUGAUUGUUUUUAUGAUAGUAUAGGAAUCUUUCUGAUGUUGAUGUUUAGAAUAGUGGUAGACUUUUGUUUACACAAUUUAUUUUUAUAUGUGACAUUCCCAAGCCUUAUGAUACUCAUUAGUGUAUUCUUAGCAUAGGAUUUUUAGCUAGAUAUACUUCUGAAAUCCAGAGAUUAUAUUUUCUAUCGCUCUUUAUUUUAUGUUACGCUAAUAAGAUGUGAUAUUAUUGUACUUUGUACAAACAUUAUUGUAUUUUUACUUUUACCUGACAGAGUUCAGUAUGAUACUCAUAAUUCUCUAACCUCGACACGGGGAGGUGGAUCAUAGUAAUAAUUAACAUUCCUUUGUUAGCCUAUGUCCUGUCUAGAAAACAUGUUGUAUAAUUUAUUUUUGUAUCAGAUGCAUAAUAAUGAAUAAAUCAGAU